AUGGUCUGGAUGUUUGUCCUGCUUGUGCUGCUGGCCCACCUCACAGGUUGUAGCCCUCAGCCCAUGCUGCACCAGCCACCAUCAGCCUCUUCCUCCCUUGGAACCACCAUCCGCCUCACCUGUACCCUAAGCAGCAAUGAUAACAUCGACGUUUACAGCAUUUACUGGUACCAGCAGAGGCCGGGCCAUCCUCCCAGGUUCCUGCUGAGUUACUUCUCACACUCAGACAAGCACCAGGGUUCCAAUAUCCCACCCCGCUUCUCCGGAUCCAAAGAUACCGCCAGGAACCUUGGGUAUCUGAGCAUCUCUGAACUGCAGCCUGAGGACGAGGCUGUGUAUUACUGCGCCGUGGGGCUCCGGAGCCAGGAAAAAGAGAAGAGGAUGGAGAGGGAGUGGGAAGGAGAAAAGUAGCACACAGACUCAGAAUCUUAGGCUCUGAAGACAGUCAGAACCUGAACCAAGGAUGGAGUUUGCUUUGCUGGGCCGGUCUGGUAUGGGAAGGAGGG